AUCGUCCCCGGCCCCUCACGGUCAAUGCCUUUUACGCUUAAAAGGGUAAGGCCCAAGGCAAGACGCAACUCCUACCUCGCUAGUUGUUAAAACGUCGAAUGCGUGGUGGUGGUGUACCGACAAUCCCUUGCUAAAGGUUUCGUUCGUUGCUCGAAGCUACCGGAUCGCCAUCCUCUUGGUUGCGUCGACUCCGAGCCACCAAUUCUCAGCACACAGUCUCUCCGACUCUUAUCCAACACACACCUCUGGUGUGGGUGUUGGUGUGUGUUUCUGUGGCUGUACCUACGAACGUAUUGAAUUAUAUAUAGUCCGUGCGCUCGCUACCGACAAUCACAAUGACCACAAUGACGACUCAGUCCAGUGGGAUGGGAGUGAGGAUAUCACCCUUGUCUCUUUUGACGCAUCUGCUCGUGGGUCUCGCCGGUCUCCAACUGGGUCUCGUCAUUGGGGGAUACACGGUGAUCCACACGGGCAGCGACGCUGCAACUACCGUCACCACUAGUGGUGAUAGUAGUAGUAGUAGUAGUAGUACUGGUGCCAACGCCGACGCCGUUGUUGGUAUCCCGUGUGUGCGAGACACCACCGACGCUACGAUUCGCGAAUUACGCCUGAAACUAGCGCACGCCCUCGCGGAGGCUUCCGCCGAAACUACCCUGCCCGAGACUCUUCAGGGGUUCGUGGCCGGGAUGGGACGCGUCGAUCGCGACGAAUUUAUCCAGCGAUUCGAUGUCGGUGUGCCGUGGGAUGCCAAGCAACCCGGCAAUAAGGAAGUUCUCCUGCUGUACAAUCACCCAUUGUCCCUGCCCCGUAAUGGAAGCAGCGACGCAUCGUCCAACACCAUUCCUCGCUACGAAUCGAUCAACGACGCCGUCCAGAACUGUCACCAAAUGAAAAUAGUGCUACAGAAACCGAAUCAACCCAACGUCUGUUGGGCCGUCGUGGGACAGUGGGAUUCGCACCACGUCCAGAAACUCAUGCGACUGCCGCCAGAACAUAGUUUGUCGACCAAAAAGGCUGUCUCCGAGGGAUUCCCGCUCCGCUACGUCUCUCGCAACCAUUUGCCCAACGGUCGCCAGACGAGAGUUCCCACCGGUACUUCCUACUUCCCCAUCCUACACGACUAUCUCGGCAAACUGGAAGCCACGCUCGCCCGCCUCAGUCCCGUCGCCGCGCAAGCGGCGGACCCCCACAACUCUCUCGUCGUGCUCGUUUGCAACCACGGACAAUCGGAACUCUUGUGGAAUUUCGUUUGUGCCGCGCGAUCACGGUCGCUAAAUCUCGCGCACGUCCUCGUCUUUGCGACCGACUCGGUGACGUACGAUCUCGCGGUCGCCAUGGGUCUGCACGCAAUGGACGUCCAGAACGCCUUUGGUGACAUGCCCACGGUUGCGGCCAGGCGCUACGGUGACGCCGCCUUUACCGGAAUGAUGAUGAGCAAGGUCUACGUCAUGCAUCUACUCAUCACUCUAGGAUACAAUGUGCUCUUCCAAGAUGUCGACGUGGUGUGGUACCAGGAUCCCCUCGCGUAUUUCAAUAACGACCAGUCCGAUUUUGAUUUGUUCUUUCAAGACGAUGGAGCGCAUUCUCCACGGUAUGCUCCGUACAGUCCAAAUACGGGCUUAUACUAUGUCCGCCACAACGAGCGUACGGAGUUUUUCUUUUCCACGUUGGCCCGCAUGGGUGAUUUGAUUCAAGCUUCGGGUUCGCACCAAUCCGCUCUCAACGCGCUUUUAGCCGAACACGCAUCCUGGCGCGGACUCAAGGUUAAAGUCUUUGGGACCAGCACGGACCAGGGUGAACUUUUUCCCGGUGGGUACCAUUUUCACCGACGCAAAGGCUUCAUGAAAGAAAUUAUCAACAAACAGCGAUUCUUUCGACAGAUGGGAGACUGGUUCGUCCAAGAAGCUUGCAUUGGCAAAACUCUGGACGAUAUUGGGACGGACGAUUCGCCGGACGUUCGACAAGCCGAGUAUUAUACCGUGCAAGGACAGUCCUUCGAUUGA